UGCGAAAUCCCCAUAGUUACGAAUUCCGACUUGCUUAUGCAUGUCAGCCAAAGGAAGUAAUUGUGAUCUGCGUAACAAAUAAAGCGUCUUGCUAAUAUAGAGUACUAACUAAGGCGUAGUUUUGAUACCGCUAGUGAGGACUACUCGCUAGUUCGGGCCUCGAAAAGUAUAGUCUGGAUUCGCAUUGAGCAUCCCACUGCUUGACAUCUGGCGGCGUUGUUGGAGUCGUGGCGUGAUCGAAGACCGAGUUUUUAAAAUGCCGGAUUCAGGUCCCGAAGGAAUAUCAAGUGGCCUGCCCUCGGCGCUGAGCGCUCGAGGGCCACGGCGGAGCAGUAAAGAAUUUGACGAGGCAGAGUCCUUGAGGCCGUGGUCGGCAAGAACGGUCUCUUUCCAUGACAGAGUCGUGGAGAGAAGCUACGAGUAUGCAGAAGACGAGCGGUCAUUCAACGGGGCGCAGUUUAUGACGAUAAAAGUCAGUUGUUUAGGUAAAUUUGGUUUAGCUUUUUUUAGACAAUGACAUGGACAUCAAAAGGAGGGAUUGAGGAAAAAGAAGAUGUUUAUGCAGAAGUCUUCUUCGUAAGCAUUUGAGGUUGUCGAAGAAGGAUGAAGAAUCGAGUCGAUAAAUUCUUAAGGGUUCUUAUUCAGCAUAUAAGAUUCUACUCACUUACUUUGCGAUUCUUUGUUACCUUCUAAUGUGUCCAGGACUGGGGGACGGAGCAGAGAUGUUUUUUCCUCUGCGUCAGGAGGAGCACGGAGCGGCCGGGCGCGACCCUUGCGAUCUGCGGUCCGGGUAA